CUAUUGUGAACCGCCAAUGGUAGUUUGGAGUCGUCGUUGUUCUUGCUGUGAGUGAGGAGAUCUCAGGAAAACGAAAGCGAGAUUUAUCAGGCUCAACGAAUCCCGUGAACUUUGUCUUGUCAAGCAAACAUGAGUAGGCCAAUGGAAGAAGACACCAACCAGGGAAAGACUGAGGAGGAGGAAUUCAACACCGGGCCUCUCUCUGUUCUGAUGAUGAGCGUCAAGAAUAACACUCAGGUGUUAAUCAAUUGCCGGAACAACAGGAAACUUCUUGGGCGAGUGAGGGCCUUUGACAGACACUGCAACAUGGUUCUUGAAAACGUUAGAGAGAUGUGGACUGAGGUUCCGAAAACUGGAAAAGGCAAGAAGAAGGCACUUCCGGUGAACAGAGACCGGUUCAUAAGCAAGAUGUUUCUCCGAGGGGACUCAGUGAUCAUCGUCCUCAGGAAUCCAAAGUGAGGGAGGGAGAGAGAUAGAGAGGAGAGACUUGAAAGAGGCAUCAUGUUCCUUGUUUGUGCUGAAAUUAAUAAUAUUCUUGUUGUAGGUAUCUUCUAAGUUUGACUACUAUGUGUCUCGUUUUCUUUAGUAUAUUGAUGAAAAUGACCGAAGUCUACAAGAUCUCUUUCCGGUAA